CCUCUCCGGCAGAACAAGGCUGGCCUUUGUACUCGUCUGCACUCAUACAGGGAUAUACGCCUGGAAGUUGGUGAGAAAUGGGCUAUACAAGAAGGAUCACUGGUUGUCUGUGUCGAUCCGUCUUACACUCAGCUCAUUCGCCAAGAGAAGCUUCCGGACGAGUUUGACAUCACUACUGGCGAUUUCUAUAUUGUUUGCAGUUUAUAUGCGGAUCUGUGGGCCCUUUGCCUCAAAAUAUCUUUCGAACGACUGGCAAACGAUGGCAUAGACGAAACUUUGGCGGAGUGCUCUACACAUCUUGGCUUUCUUCCACUCUGCGCAGUGACGCUAGCAGCCAACUUUAGUUCGUUCAUCCAAAGAUGUCAAUCUGUGAACGAAACAUCGAAAUACCCCGGUAACGGACUUCCUGUUAUGCCACCAGAACGCUCACACAGUCUUAAUGCAAGCAAGCAGUUCUUCCAGGGAGAUCGACUUCAUAUCGGUUUGCCUAGUAUUGUCUACGACACUUAUAAUACGUUGUCCUUGGGAGCUAUCGAUAUGGAUUUUGUACCUCUGGACUCCACUCUACAGCAGUUAUUCUCUUCCAUCGGGGCUCGGCGGGAUAGUGUGCAUAAACUUGGAAAACGUAUGUCACCUUGGAAGCUCUGGCGCGGAACAAAGUCUCCAGAUCCAGGAUUGCCAGAAAGGGAAAGACGGGUUUCGUUCCGAGAUUAUUCUGGUCUGCAGGGCUUCGGGAAUGGGUCCAGGUGGAGUUCUUUCUCUUCUGCUGCAAGCCAAGGAAGGAAAUGGUUCUCACCUCGUGCCCCAUUUAAUGGACAUCGCCGAGGCAUCCGGGGUCUGAUGGGAGGACAUGAUGGGCUCCAAGGUCAUACACGGGGAAACUCCACUGCAUCCGAUCCUUUGAGCUAUUAUUUGUAG